CACAGCUCUUUGGUAUCUGCUGUGCUGCUGCUUCACUCUCUCUCUUUACAGAAAGUUGUAGAAGUUUUCAGACGUGUCACUGCUGGAUGUGAGGAUGGGAGCCACUUUGCUCUGUGAGCUGGGCCUAUUCUUGCUCUGUACGCUCCUCUGCACUGGACACGCUCAAGAUGCUGUGCUAACUAUUGAACCCAACUGGUCCAUUUUUUUCAUUGGAGAGUUCAUUGUCUUCAAAUGUGACAUGAAUGAAGGAAAAGACACUGACUGGAAAUAUAUAAUCAAGAAGGAUGGUCAAGACUUUAUCAGCUACAGUGAUUACAAAAACCACAGAUUAAAAUGUACAAUUACAGGUCACAGUGGUGAAUAUCAGUGCUCUGGUCACAGGAUGAGCAACAGUUAUACAAAGAACAGUAAUACUGUCUUUAUAACUGUAUUAGAUAAACCCAGGGCCACAAUGACAGUAGGAACAACAAUCAUACCAGUAGGGGGCAGUGUGACCCUGACCUGCUCUGUGCAGAGCUCUGAUGGAUGGAAAUAUGAGUGGUUCAGACGAACCCAAACAACCUCUGAAGUUCAAAUCAAAGAUCAAGAAAACAGAGAUAUCAGAGUAUCUCAAGGAGGAAUCUACAGCUGCAGAGGAACAAGAGGAAACCGAGUUUACUACACUGAUAUAAGUGAUGAUGUCACCAUUGAAAUAACCUGUGAGUUGAGGAAUUUAGUGUGA